AUGGUGCACAACUACGCCCACGAACACCUCCACCAGCGCGACAGCCACGGCGACAGCAUCAAGAUGAACAAGCCCGACAACAAGAUGCGCUUCAUCCACAACCUCCCCGAGGGCGCUCUCAAGGGUGCGGCUGGCAAGCAGGCCGUCGCAGAGACCAUCUACUCACAGGUCUAUGUCACCAAGACACUCGGCGCUGGUGAAGAGCUCAAGGGCUUUUCCACUCCGGCCGCAGCUGCAGCUGCAUCGCAGGGCGCCAACAAUGUCGCUCAGUCCGAGCUUGCGGCUCAGCAGGCCUCUUACCUCUCCGCAAAGUCUAUGGCUCAGGCUCCUCAUACUCCAGUCGCCAGCAGCACCAGUGUGCACACUCCUGUCACUGUGCCAACUCAGCGCACCCGUGAGAAGCCAGCGAGCGAGUCUGCGCACACGCCUGUCACCGUUCCCACCCAGCGCACUCGCACGACCGCCAUUGCCUCAGGCUCUGCCGCUUCCAGCUCCGCGGUCGCGGCUGCCGUUGGUGGCCACCCACUCUCCCACACUCGUGAGCAUGACGCUGUCGGCGGUACUCCAAUCUCCGCCACUCACGGUGCCGACUCUGCUAUCGGCCAGAAGAGCGAAGGCAUGACCACGGGCGCCAAAGCUGGACUGGCUAUCGGCAUCCUCCUCCUCAUCGCUUUGGCUGGUGGCCUCCUCUUCUUCUGCUGGCGCCGACGUAAGCAGCAGGCCAGCCAUGCCGGUGCUGAGCAGCUCAACGAGAAGCGUGCGACCAAGGAUAGCUUCUUCAGCGGCUCUUCCGCCGCCGCCGCUCGUGGUCCUCAGCGCGAAAGCAUGCAGUCUGAGAAGAGCUUCCAAUCCACCCGCACCGCAGCCACUGCUCCACGUCUCAGCCUUCGCCCGGUCACCCAAUUCUUGCCCAACAUCCUCGGUGGCGAGAAGACCACUACCACCAACAACAGCAACACCCUUGGCGUCCCUGCCAUGUCUGAGAAGCCUCGCUCUAACCCAUUCGACGACUCCGCUGCUCUGAACGAGAAGACUAGCGAUCCGUUCGCCGACGGUGACGGUGCUGUCGCAGCUGGCAAGAAGACUCCUGGACACAGCCAACAGAACUCUUGGGAAGGCACCGAACCACCGACGCCGAAGUCCGCCAAGUUUGGUACCGCCGCCGCAGUGGCCAUCACCUCGACCAACGGCCCGAACGGCGCUCAGCCUGCUCGUGGCCCCAACAACGUCCACCGUGUCCAGCUCGACUUCAAGCCAUCUAUGGAAGAUGAGAUCGACCUCCGCUCUGGCCAGCUUGUCCGCAUGGUGCACGAGUACGACGAUGGCUGGGCUCUCUGCAUGCGUCUCGACCGCUCUCAACAAGGUGUCUGCCCGCGUACUUGCCUGUCCAAGCUCCCCGUCAAGCCACGUCCCCAAGGUCCACCACCGAACGGCGCCCCAGGCCGCCCCAUGGGCCCACCGCCACCAAACAUGCGCCGCCCAUCGUCGCCUCAAAUCAACAACGCCAUGGUCCCACGCCCGCUGACCCCAACCGGCCGCGAGCGCUCCCACACCCUCGGCAGGAACUCCCCAGCGCCCAGCUCGCCCGGCCCACGCCCUCGCUCCCAGAGCAUGAACGGCAUCGAGCGCCCGACCACUCCCACUGCCGUCCCCGCCCGGAAGCCCGUGCCAGGCCAGGCCCUCUAG